UCCCGGUGGAGUUGCUGGUACGCUACAAGGCGUUCACGAUCCCGACUCUCUUCGUUUGAAACUGUUGGAGAUGAGAUGUGUUUUUUUUACUCUGAGCGAAUAGAUUGUGUAGGACCAUGAUCCUAAAACGGCGAUAUUUCUCUGUCCACAUCAAGGGAAAUUUGGCGUAUGCUUUGCUUGUCCAUGGAGUUUGCUUUCAUUGCGUGUUUUGCUCUUAUAAUCCCAGAUUAACUCUAAAGCAAGAUGAUGCUCCUCUUUUAUACAACAGAAAUUAUAGUCAUACAGCCUUAUUCCAUCAGGAAGGAUCAAAAAGUCUGAUUGUAGGAGGAAUAAAUCAUGUUCUACAUUUUGAUGUAGACAGUCGUCAGCUUGUGGAGAACUUUACUCUGAAUCCAAGAUGUGGUGAGGGCUCCUGUGAAAAUGUAGUGACAGUAAUUGAAAGAUUUGAAGACUACACAUUUGUAUGUGGGACGAAUGGAGAACAGCCACUGUGUUGGAAACUGUUUCCCAGAGAAAGCAAUCAUUCCACAGAGGUUGUAGACGGCACGGGAAUCUCACCUCAUACAAGUUCACAAAACUCCUUGUCGCUGGUGGCAGAUGGAGAUCUCUAUGCGGCAGCUCCUCUAUACAGUGAUGGAACCCUGCUGCAGUUUCGCAGGAAAGCUGGAAAACGAACCAGCGUAUGGAUGUAUGAUCAAUGGGUCUCAGAACCCACUUUUAUUUCCAGUUUUCUGGCCCAGCGUAAGAAUGCCCCCUUGAAUGAGAAGCUAUACGUCUUAUUCCGUGAGAAAAACUCAGACACGAGUCCAGAAGCUGAUCCUUGGAUAUCCAGAGUGGCCAGAGUGUGUAAGAGGAACUCUACUGCUGUGUGCAUUUACUCGUUGGCAGAGCUUGAUGAUGUUUUUGAGCAUUCCUCCUUCAAAGGUUAUUCUGAGGCCAUUCCCACCCCAAGACCAGGAACUUGUGUCAAACAAAGCAAUUCCAUUCCAAUUUCUACACUUCAAAUCAUUAAAGACCAUCCAGAGAUGAAGGACUGGAUCCAACCCAUUCAAAAAGAAAUGCCUUUCUUCACAAGUAAUAAGAACUUCACCAAGAUAGCCAUUGACCGAGUCCAAGCUUCAGAUGACAGCAUGCACAAUGUGCUGCUGCUUGCAACAGACAAUGGAGUGAUCCUUAAGAUACUGGAGGAUGGCUCCAAAGCAUUCAUCAUCUCUGAAACGCAUCUGUGUAAUGGUUCAGCACCCGUACAUUCAAUGAAACUCGACUCUGAGAAGAGGAAGCUGUUUGUAGGAUAUCCUGGACAGAUUUCCAUGUUAGACCUGCAGAGAUGUGAAGACUACAAUGCUUCCUGUGAGGAAUGUGUCCUUUCCCGUGAUCCAUACUGCGCUUGGACUGAACAAGGCUGCACAUCACAAACUAGAGGAGGGAUACAAAACAUUGCUGAUGGACUCACUAAAGUAUGUCACCAAAAAUCAGGAGAAAGAUUCACAAGAGAAGUGAAACAACCAUUGACAGAUCCAUUAAGGAUUCAACACUCUGUGCAAACUGGCAUUCCCUUCUACCUAUCUUGUCCUGUCGAUUCCAAUCAUGCCACUUACAAAUGGGAACAUAAGCAAAACAGCAUCCCAUGCCAGCAGACCCAAUCAGAAUGUCUCCUCCUCAUCCCAGCCAUGAUGCAUGACAUGUACGGCAAUUACAAAUGUACAUCCCACGAACUCGAUUACACCAAAACUGUGAGAGAAUACAACCUCUUUUAUGACAACUUAAGGUCUGCUUCUAAUGGUGCUUUCAAGCUGAGAGCCCAGGACUGGUUAAUGGCCGCAUUUGUCACUAGUGUCUUCUAUCUGCGCUCACUUUAAGGUCAAGGAAGUUAUAUAAAAGUUGGUGCUUCCAUCUUCAAGCUUUUCUGAUGACCUGUAAGCUGAUUAAAACCAUCAGUCACACAUUGCCAGGCGCCAGUGGUUGGUCUUAUCAAGUGAAGUUUAUGGGGAAGUAAACACUGAAGUAAAAGGAAGCUUCCUUCCUAGCAGAUAACUCGCAAUUAUAUGCUUACCAUUUGUUGAGUGGCUGUUGAAAGUAUAAAGUGCGGUCCAAAGUCUGUGACCACAAUGAAAAUGUAGACUUUCAUCUUUAGAAACUGGAAAUACUCUUUGACAGUUUUAGGAUUUAGAAUUGUUUUUACAAACAAAAGCUCGUGAAGUAAAAUGAAGACAAAAUAUGUCAGAUGUUGCACUAUUUCUAGGUCAAAAUAAUAUGCUUUUUG